AUGACUUGGGUCAGAAGAUUGGCAUUAUUCAUUGCCAGCAUAGCAUCCCCAUCUGCAGCAAGCACGGUUACAUGCAACACCCGUGAAUGCCACAGGCAAAACAAACCCAGCAGCAAUCUACCCAGUCACUCGGGCUUCUCACGAGUCUUCGCUUCGGCGAGGGUCUCCUUCUUGUGCCGCGUUUUGCGGUGCACUCUGGAGAGGACUGGAAUUACUUCAUUGAAACGGGGAAAAGGCAAAAGGCGGGCGCCGUCGGGCUUCUGCUCGGUGGUGUUCGUCCAGCGUCUUGGACCGGCUGCGAGAGAGAACAGGACCAUCAUAGUCCAUGCCCAUCUUUUUUUCCUACAUGGGCGAGGCUCCAGGCGUACCGACAUUUUCGUUGCUUCGUGACUUGUUUUGUU